UGUGAAAUAGGCUGCAAAAACAAGUCCCUUGCCAUCUUUAUGAAUGAAUGCUGAGUCCCCGUGAUCCAGUCAGCCAAUGAGCAGCUCGCACCUGCACCCCUUUGCAGCUCUGCAGCAACAAGAGGUCACUACACUUGAAAUCGUGGAGGGAAGACAGCAGCUACAGCCUGCAGCAGCGUCAGUCGGAUCAGUCAGGCCUUCAUGCGCGCACACAGAGGCAUUACAGAAGGGCUCGUUCUUUUCACAACAGAUCGCAAUGCCGCUGAAAAACGGCAACACCGUGGCCGUGGAGAGACGCGUGGAUCUGGCCUCGCUCUUCUGCAUGAUAGGGCGGCACGGUCCCGCCGUGGCUCUGGCUGUAAUAGCGAUGUUAUCCGUGCUGGCGGGUUUCAUCAUCUACCGGAACGUGCGGGGGAAGCGGAGGAAGGCCACAGCCGCAGCCGCCGACAGUGACAGCAAAACCCCCGGGGCGGAGAGAGACGCAUCGGUGAUCCGGCGGAGCCCGGAGGAAACGCACAGCUCCGUGGAGUCAACAGAUGUGAGUGAUGAAGGCUCGUCAGAUGUGAAGGAGGAUGAUGAUCGGAUUCAGAGUGAUUUCAAAAUCAGGCACCGCCGUGCUGCUGCUGAGAAGAAACCUCCACCUUAUUCUCCUCCUAAGAGUGACAUCCAAGUACCUGACAACAAGCACACCACUUCAGGUGACACAGAGGACAUGGCAGUUGUGCGGGACUCUUACAAAGUAGCAGAAACGUUAGCAGAAGAGGCCAAUCAGAGCCUGCAAAGUGAUACUUACACUGUAGCUGAAAUGGUGGUGGAGGCUGCUGUUGAUUGCCACCAGGGUGGCAUUGAGGAUGUGAUAGGAGAGGUCCAUGAUGAUGAUAUCUGCUUGAAGGAGCCUGAGCGGAUUAAUGAUGAGAACCAUGAGGAGGCAGAGAAGGUUUUAAAAGUAGAAUGCCAGGAAGAUGAGCAUGUGACCACAGACAAUGGCAUUUCUGACAAGAAAACCAGACAAGAGGAGAAAAAAUUAAAGAGUUCUUUGAACAAUCUAGUGUGCUUUGAACAAACCCCUGAUAUGGGUGAAAAGGGUGAUGAUGACAGACUACAAGAUAAUAAAACCAUACUGGAGACAAACAGCAUGGAGUCCAACUCGGGAGAGCCUGUCAUUUAUAUCGGAGAUGUAUCGGCCCCUUGCAUCUGUUAUGGCAAAGAUGAGGAGUUUGAGGAAGACAAUCCAGAUAGUACUGAUUGCAGUAGUUAUUCCGGCAAUAAUCACCUUUCUCCAGACGAAGAAAAGAAAAAUGAGCGUGAGAAGGCAGAAGAGGAGUGUGUAGACUACCAUCUAAUUGCUCAGCAAGUUGAGAUGUGGUCCUCAACAUUUGAACGAGAAACAAACCUGCCAUCUACACAGCAGAACCAGUGUGGUCAUGUGACGGACAAGGUGACGCCACAGAUUCGGGAUGGUGAUUGGGAUGAAGAUGGUGGUCUAGCUGGUGAAGUGAUUGAAGAAGUUAUUGUUGAAGACCACUUGAACAAACUUACAGCUGUCAAAGUUGAUGCCCACUUGCCGCAGUUUGACGAGAAGGAAGUAGAGAUUGAACAAAAGGCGGAAAGUGGUCUUACAUGUAAUCAAGAGGACGGUGUUCUUCACGAUGGUGCUUAUCAAGUGAACGAGAACAUGCUGACUAAUGAUAACAUUGUUGCCUAUAGUGAAGAACGUGACAGUUCAAGUGUGGCACCCAGUCCUACUCUGACCUGUUUGAGCGCCCCCGUAAAGAUCGAUCAUUAUGACAACUGUCUGUCAGGUAUCACCACUGUUGCAAAAGCUCAAAUCUCAGGCUUAGCAGGUUUCUCUGACUUGUCAUCGGAUUGUCAACAACCACAGAAAGAAGAUAAAAUAGCUCCAUCUCUGGAUGAAGACACUGACUUUACUGUUCUUGGCCCUCAAAUGCCAUCACAUGAGACAGAAAAUCAGCUUGAAAACAACAAAAAUGGCACAACUGUGGUGUUGGCUGAAGAAUGCAAUGACCAAGCGUAUGACCCUCAUGUUCAGUCUUGCUACAAAGACCAGCACAGUGUCAAAAUGAUAAAUAAUGACAUGUUUGACAAGCCGAGUAUUGCUGCUGCUCCUGAUAUAGUUGGAAACGUAACUGCUUCUGUAAUACUCGAAGAAAUAUCUUGCCCUCACCUGACAUCCAUUUGCCAAGACCAACAAAGUGACCGCGUGGAAAAUGAUAAAACUUUUGAUGAGACAAGGGUUAAUUCUGCUACUGAUGCAGCUGCUUGCGAUAAUGCUAGCCAUACUGCACUUUUAAUGUCGGAAGAAAUAUCUCAUCCUGACAUGUUGUGUUCCUCCCAAGACCAACAAAGUGACCAAAUGAAAAAGGAUUUUUCUGAAGUUACCACCGGUGCUGCUCCUGUCAUGACUGAAGACAUUAGCCCUCCCAUAUGUCAAAUUCACUUGCCUUCUUUCGAGCAAAGUGAGCUGAGGGAUAAUGACAUAUCAUCUUCUGGUGUUGGUGAAGAGAGUGGGAUUUCAAGCAUGGCUGUUAGCCCUGAUUUGCAAGAGGCUGGUAAUGAGUUUGACGUGACCGUUGAAAACAUGAUGCUUCCGGUGAUGGAUUGUGAUCUACAAUCUGAGGGACAGACAGAAGCUCAAAACAGCCUCUUUGCUGAUGAUGUAGCGAUAUCUGUCAUUAAUGAAGAUACAGUAGGUAUGGUGUUUGGGCCUUACCAAUCACGUUGCUCCCAGCCACCCCACAGUGAGCACACAGAUUGGACUAAUUAUGAAUCAUUUGCAGCCAACGAGGACAUUUUUGGCCAUGAGAUUGAGAAUAGUUACCACAGAGCGAUGGAUCAGUUUACAGCACAGAUUACAGCCAGAGUUACUAGCUUCACUGAUGAGCUGAAAACGCAGACAGACGUGAAAGCUGUUGUUGAGGUCGUAGAGAUUAAAGAGAAGAAGGCAGGAGUAAGUGCUGAAAAGAAAGAGGAAACCAAAGCAGAGAAGGAGAAAGAAGAGGACUAUGAAAAGACUGAAAUCAGUAUCAUGGAGGCAACUAUGGACAAUAACGAAUGGAUCACAGAUAGUAAUUACCAAGUCCUUCCCUGGAUGAAUUUUUCUGCCCCAUCUUUUACCCAAGACCACACAAAAAACAACCAGCUUCCCACUGCAGAGUGUCACUACAGCUCUGCUGUAACAGACACCACUUGUAUCGAUGCAACAGAUAUCCCACCUUCCGCUGAAGUCAAACAAACCAGCAAUCUCUCCCUUGUUGACGAAAACACGGAAAAUAACAAAAAGGUUGUGGCGGUCCAGCCCAUGUCCCAGAACGUCAACGUGACAUUCCGCAUCCAUUAUGUCACCCAGUCGCCAUACCAGACGGUGGCUGUCACAGGAAACCAGCAGGAGCUGGGAAACUGGAAGGGAUUCAUCCCGCUAGAGAGGGCCAAGGACAGCUACUGGGCCACGGUGAUCAGCCUGCCCGCAGAGAGCCAUGUGGAGUGGAAGUUUGUGCUGGUGGAUAAGGGUGAGAUAUGUCGCUGGGAGGAAUGUGGCAACCGCCUCCUUGAUACGGGCUAUGGGGAUGACCUGCUUGUGCACAAAUGGUGGGGAGUCUUGUAAGAGGUGAGGUGAGAGAAAGAAUGAAAGUGACAUGUACAGUAAGCUUUGGUACUCAAUACUGGACCAGAUAAAAGUUAAGUUUAUUUGUACAACCCAUCAUACGAACCACACGAUGAUACAGUAGAUUCAAAUGACAUCUAAUACUCGUGUAUACUGUAUCAUAUCAUAAAUACAUCCUAGUAAGCAUUGAUUUGGUAAAUUUGAGGGUCAAAAGAAAUCAAGAGGUCUAGGUUAUGACUGGGCUAAAAAAGUUUUUUAUGUCAAGGUUACAUAUAACCAUUGUUUUAGCAGCAAAAUAACUAACUAACUGAAAUACCUAAUUUAAAAAAAGUGUUUAAUUGAUUUGUCUAAUGUCAGAAAAUUGACAAAAUUUGAUCUGCUAUUCAUAGUUCAGGUCAUUUUUCAAGCAAAAAGUCAAACAACUCAAUGGUUCCAGCUUUUUAAAUUGGAAUAUUUUUGGCUUUUUUCUGUUUUAUAUAAUUUUAAAUUUAAUUUUUUUUUUUGUUUGUUUUGGUCGGAUGAAAAGCAAUUUUAAGAUGUCACCUUGAGCUAUCAGAACUUGGGCAUUUUUCACUACUGUCUGACAUUUUAUACUACUAAUCUAUAACACAAAGUUAAUUAGUUAUUAAACAGUAGUUGCAACCCUACUAUGUUUCAACAUGUAGUUAGAAUCUGAUUCACACUGAAAGAGUCUCUUGAAACAGUUUUACAACUUUUAAUGUUAAGCAUAUUCAGCCCAGAUGCCUGCAAAUUUCCCAUAGCAUGACUGCUGGCAGAAAACUAAUGGGACGUUUCUUAGAGGAUUGCCUCUAAUAGCCAGUGAUUAAGUGGAUCUUUCAGGGAACUGACAAGUUUGCCAUUAAAAGACAGAAGGAUUAUGUAAAAUGUCUAUUUUUUCCCUGUGGCAGUAUCUAUGAUUAUGCAAAUUGCACCUCUUUAAAAGUGGGUGAUUUAAUGCAAGUGUUUAAUUUGUAUAAAUGGAGACUUUAUUAUACUGUCCAUAUGCUGCUUGAAUACUCCUCAACAAUCUAUGAGAAUAAAUGCACAUAGUUCACUUUUCCUACAGCAAUAAUCAAAGCAAUAAUUGCUCUAUAUACAGUGUGACUGGUGUUAUAUCAGGUAUUCUAUUGUGCUUACCACGAAACUGUGAUAUAGUUGUAACUUUGAUGCUGCUUUUAUCUCGUGGGACUGUGUGCAUGCAAGAUUGUCCCAUUGUUGUAUGCGUGUGCCUUUUUAAUGUGAUUUUUCUAUUAAUGUGUUAUAAUGCAUCAAAACAGUGUGGCUUUACUGGCCAUCAUUUUCUUUGUUUCACUACUAACUUUUAUUGAAUUACUUAGAGUAUAUUAAUUAUUUUGUCAAAACUGUUGCUGUCAGUUUUUUGUCAAGUUUCAGUUCUUAAUCAGUGUAGAAUAUCAUAUCUAUAUCUCACAUCACAUCAGAGUAUCUUAGUAUGCAAUGCUGUGAUGAUAAUGCUACUCUUGAAUGUAAUUAAGGUGGACUUGGUUACCAAAUAAACAAAUCUUCUGUCAUA